CGUCUACUACAGUUAGGCGAUUAAAAAAAGAAAAUGGCAGCCUCCAUGAGAAAUCCUGUGGUUGUUAUUCUUGGCGCCACGGGGACAGGUAAAACAAAACUGUCACUGGAGUUGGCUAAACUAUUUCACGGAGAAAUAAUAAGUGCAGAUGCUAUGCAGUUAUAUAAAGGACUUGACAUAAUCACAAACAAGGCAACAGCAGAAGAAAGGGCGGCAUGCAAACAUCACAUGAUAGAUUUCCUUUCUCCUCUAAAAGAAGAUAAUACUGUUGUGAAUUACAGAGAUCAAGCUGUGCCCAUUGUAGAUUCAUUACUACAACAAAAGAAGACACCAGUGAUUGUAGGUGGAACCAACUAUUAUAUUGAAUCGUUGCUAUGGAGACACCUUGUAAACAAAGAGGAUGUCAAAAGGGCUGCAUCUCAAAUUCAAGCCAAACAAGCAAAAUUUCCAAAAUUACAAGAACCAAGGAAAAUCAGUGGAGAAAUAGAACAAACAGAAGAAGCACCUGUAGAAACUUCAAAAGAGGAGUUGAACUGUGAUAAAAAUGUAAAAGGAGCAGCAGCAGCAUCAUCACUAUCAUUAGAUGAUGAUAAACUUGAUGUGAGUGAUGAUGAAUAUGUAACAUAUCCCUCGAAAGAUGCAUUUACUGAUGUGAGCUCUGAAGAACUUUAUAAAACACUACAAGAAAUUGAUCCGGAAUUAGCCCUCAGGUUGCAUCCACGUGAUCGAAGGAAAAUAAUAAGAGCAAUAAUGGUAUAUAAACUACAUGGAGUACGGAUGUCGGAGGUGCGUAAAGCUCAGCGGGAAGAGUUAUCAGGGCCAUCCGUCAGUGGACCAUUACGUUACAGAGACUGCUGUAUAUUCUGGCUACAAUGUAACCAAGAUGUAUUAGACAAGCGUUUAGAUGAUCGUGUAGAUAAGAUGAUCGAGAUGGGACUACUUGAUGAACUCAUUCAAUUUCAUAAACAAUACAAUGAAGAUAGGCUACAACAGGGAAAAGAAGAUGAUUACUCUACAGGUAUAUUCCAGAGUAUAGGAUUUAAAGAGUUUCAUACAUACCUAAUGUUGUCUGAUGCAGACAGACAGACAGAUGAGGGACAGAAAGCAUUCAAGAAAGGUAUAGAAGAUUUGAAACUUGCGACAAGACGAUAUGCACGGUAUCAGAGUAGAUGGGUGAAAAAAAGACUUCUUAAAAGGCAGUGUAGAGAGGAGAGUUUACCAGUGUAUGGUUUAGACUGUACCGAUGUGUCACUGUGGGAUGAUAAUGUCUCAAAACCAGCAACCACAAUACUAACUGCUCUAAAAAAGGGUGAAGUUUCUCCAAUACCAGCUCUACCAUUUGAAGAGGAGCAUGUUACACAGUUCGAGUACAAUGAGUGUAAAUAUUGUAAUGUUACAGCUGUGACACAAGAUAUUUGGCAAAAGCAUACAGGAUCAAGAAAACACAAGAAUAAUGUCAGGAGAUAUAAACGACAAAUGCUUCAGUUGACACAGAAUUUAGAUGCUCAUAUUCAACAUGGAAAACAGAAAGAUGCUGAUGAAUCAAAAUCAUGACAAAAGGCGCUGGAGUGAAUUUGUUGUAAUCAAGGUUUUUGAAAUUAACUUCAAAAGAACUUUGUUAGAUAUUAUAAAUGUUUACAAACCAAAGAUAAUUAUGUUAAGAUAAUGAAUCUCUACUUCUUCAAGUGUAAUGGCAGCAUCAGAGUCUAGCCAGGUCAUUGUGUACAUCCAAUGUACUCCUGGUGUAUUCAUUUGUUGGAAUUAAUUGUCCUAGAACUAGGACAGUCUUUUUGUUACUUUAAACCUAUAAAAAAAUCUAUAUAAACAGUCUAGCAAGGGGACUAGGCACAUCUAAUUCUACCUGAUGUAGUCACAGGUUAACCCUAUUUUAAUGUUGGUAUAAUUCAGAACAAAGAUGUAUAUUCUGUCUUGAACUUUUUAUGUCAAAAAUAACAAUGUCACAUAAAUGUAAGCAAAUGUUGAUGAAAACAAUGAUUAAAAACUUAUAUACAGUUAAAAUAAAUAACAAAACAAUACCGAACACAGUCAUUUGUGAUAUAUUCUAGAACAGUUUUUUUCUUAUACUCUCGUGAUUUGAGAUUUUUAUUCUACUGGUUGGAUACCACCAAUUCUGGACAAUCAUCAAGUCAUCAGCAAACCCAGACGGCCCUUAAAACACUUGCUGAUAUCUUUGUUCAGUGGAUGUUGAAUAUCAGUCGCUUUUUUAUCAACAAUAAAUACAUAUUUCUUCUAUAAUCAAUAAAUUGAUUUAACUUCCAGAAACGUUUAUAGUUUUAUGUCUAUUACAAUAACAUUGACUUGUAAAUGCACUACCUGACCUCUCACCAGCUACAUGUUUAAUCACUUGCAGACAGAAUAAGUAAUAGAACAUUCAAAAUUUCAUCAUAUGCUGCUGGAAUAUUGUAUAUUAUGUUAAAAAUAGAAAAAUUAAAGCACCCAAGCCAUUAUCUGCAUUACUUUUAUGUCAAACAUAUCUGUCCAGACAUAAGGUACUAUGUAUAGUGAGGACAAUUUAGGCAAUCUUGAUAUCCCCCUGGUACGAAUCUCAAAUACAAGUGUCAACAUGAUGAGGAAGAAACAAACUCUAGCAAUCAAAUUUGGAGAAGAAUCUAGCUGUACUGUGUCAAAUUUCUAGGUAUCUAGCAUUAAAAUUGUAAAAUCUGUAUGGAAAAAUGU